GCGGGGCCGUUACGUAAACGUCAUCAACGUUCUAUGGAUACCCGGAAGUGUCGAACGUGUUUGGCUGAAGUUAGCGGUACUUGUAUCCAUGUGGAGUAAAGUUAAGCUAUAUAUUCACCAUAUUAAGUAAUGCUAUAUUGCAUGUAGUACCUUCAAGAUGAACGUGAGUGAAGAAGAAAAGGAUCCUGCAGCCCUAAAGGAGGAGGGAAACGUCUUUUUCAAGGCAGGAGACAUGCAAGGCGCUGUCUGCUGCUACACUAGAGCGCUAAAGCUGAAUGGCAGUCAAGCAGAGAGCGCUGUUUUGUACCGCAACCGCGCUGCCUGCUACCUGAAAUUGGAGGAGUACAACAAGGCAGAGUUUGAUGCCUCCAAAGCUCUCGAUACUGAUCCGGGUGAUGUGAAAGCCAGGUUUCGGAGGGCUCAGGCUUUUCAAAAGCUUGGCCGUCUUGACCAGGCCUUUCUAGAUGCUCAGAGGUGUGCCCAACUGGAACCUAAAAACAAGGCUUUCCAGGAUCUGCUCAGACAGCUGGGAGCACAGAUCCAUCAGAAGUCAGCACAGCUAAACUCCACAGAUGCUCGUGUGCAGCAGAUGUUCUCUCUCCUCUUAGAUGCAUCUGCAAAGGAUUUGGAUCAACAGAAGGCUGCUCAGAAUCUAGUGGUGUUAUCUCGAGAAGAGGCAGGAGCUGAGCAGAUCUUCCGUAACGAUGGAGUGAAGCUGAUUCAGAAACUUCUUCAGUCAAAGCAGGAGGAGGUUGUCCUCUCUGCUCUCAGGACCCUGGUUGGUUUGUGCACAGGCCAUCAGUCUAGAACUAUGGCCAUAGUGAAUGACUUAGGAAUGGAGCAACUGUGUGCAGUAAUGGGAUCAGGAGCCUCCACUGUGUCUCUGGCUGCCUGCCACCUGCUGCAGGUGAUGUUUGAGGCUUUGACGGAGGGCAUGAAAAGAGAGAUCAAAGGGAAGGAUGAAGCUUUACUUCCUGAACCCUCCAAGGAGCUACGCUCUAUGUUACGCCACCUUUUGGAUAUGAUGCCAGCAUCUAAUGUGUCAGGGCCGGGCAGAGACAGCGCCAUCAACCUCCUGGUCAAACAAGUACCCCGGAAGUCCUUGAAAAACCUUGAUAACUCCCUGACAUUAUUGGUGAUAGACCACGGACUGAAGAAAAUCUUGGAGGUGGCUGGGACAGUUGCUGAGCUCUCAGAAGGACCACCUCUUACAGACAACUCACACAUGAGCUGUUCUGUCUUGCUUAACAAACUCUAUAAUGACCUAAAGAGCAACAAAGAGAGGGAGAACUUCAACAAACUAUGUGAAGAAUACAUUCAGCAGCACUUUAGCCGCCCUGGCCUAGAUGGCAAACUGCGAUCCAUCCAGACAGUGUCGGUGCUCCUCCAGGGACCAAGUGACGUGGGUAACAUAAUGCUGGAGAUGUCAGGGAUGAUGGAUGCAGUGAUCUCUCUAUGCGCCUCCGAAGACGUGACUCACCAGCAGGUAGCUGUGGAGGCUCUUAUCCAUGCUGCGGGCAAGGCCAAGAGAGCCUCCUUCAUCACAGCCAAUGGUGUGACACUUCUGAAGGACCUCUACAAGAAGAGCGAGAACGACAGGAUACGUGUGAGAGCCCUGGUGGGUUUGUGCAAGCUUGGAUCAGCAGGGGGGACCGAUUUCAGCAUGAAGCAAUUUGCAGAGGGAUCCACCCUGAAGCUUGCCAAGCAAUGCAGGAAGUGGCUGUGUAAUGAGUCUCUGCCCCCAACCUCCCGCCGGUGGUCUGUGGAAGGUCUCGCCUACCUCACCUUUGAUGCUGAUGUGAAGGAGGACUUAGUGGAAGAUAAGAACUCUCUCCUGGCCAUGUUUGAACUCGCAAAGUCUGAGGAUAAGACGGUGCUCUUUGCUGUGGGCUCCACAUUGGUGAACUGUACCAACAGCUACGAAGUGGAGAAGCCAGACCCUCAGCUGGUGGAACUGGCCAAGUAUGCGAAGCAGCAUGUGCCUGAGGAGCACCCUAAGGAUGCGCCUUCCUAUGUAGAGAAAAGGCUGAUGAAGCUGCUGGAAGCUGGUGUGGUGUCUGCGUUGGUGUGUAUGGUCAAACAGGAGAGUCCAGCCCUCACUGAGGCUUGCAGAGAAUGCAUCGCCAGGGUGUUCUUGGCUUUGGUGGAGCGACAGGAAGACAGAGGCACAGUCGUGGCACAGGGUGGAGGGAAGGCUCUGAUCCCACUGGCCUCUGACAACACGGAUGUUGGAAAAACCAAAGCAGCACAAGCCCUGGCAAAGAUAACUAUCACUUCUAACCCAGAGAUUGCUUUUCCAGGCGAAAGGAUCUAUGAGGUGGUGCGCCCACUUGUCAGUCUUCUUAGUCUUGAGUGCACCCUGCUACAGAACUUCGAGGCGCUCAUGGCUCUCACCAAUCUGGCCGGUAUCAGUGAUAGACUCAGACAAAAGAUCAUAAAGGAGAAGGCGCUACCAAAAAUUGAAGGCUACAUGUUUGAGGAGCAUGAUCUUGUUCGAGCAUCAGCCACAGAGUGCAUGUGUAAUUUGGUUUUAAGCACAGAGGUUCAGAAGCUGUACCUGGCAACAGGGAAUGAUCGCCUGAAGCUGCUGGUGCUCUACAGUGGAGAGGAGGAUGAGAGGCUGCGAAAAGCAGCUGCAGGAACUCUGGCCAUGCUAACAGCUGAGCAGCCUGAGAUCUGCGCUCGCAUCCCUGGAACAACGACCCACUGGCUAGAGAUCAUGCAGGCGCUGCUGCUUAGUGAAAUAUCUGACCUUCGUCACCGUGGAGUGGUCAUCAUUCAGAACAUGAUGCAGGCAGAGAAGAGCCUGGCUGAAACUCUCAUGGAAAGUGAAGCUCUGGAGAUUCUGUCUGUUCUGGCAAAGGGAGGAGAGGGCUCACCAGAUCAAGUCUCUAAGAUAGCUCAAAACUGUCUGGACAAGGCCGUGGAGUAUGGCAUCGUCAGGAGCAGGGAAGGAAAGGAAAAGUGUGUGGAUAUGUCACAUAGCAAUGUUUAAAGUGCAUUGGGUAUUAUGUGGGACCAUGGAAGUGAUUUCACAGUAGCAGGAAAUCAGUUUAGGUCUGAAUGACCUAAAAUGUUCACGUCUUAACUAAAAACUGUUAAAAGCAAUAGGGAAUUUAUUUAACAAAAGUAUUAAAUGAAAACAAGCAGUUCUUUUAUCACAUAUGAACUUGGACUGCUGCUUCACAUGACUUUUCCCUUGAGUAUAUUCAUUCAUGCACAUCCAGUAAUCAUCUAAUUUUAUUUGUUAUUCCCAAAAUAUACAUUGCCUUUUACUAUUGUUCACGCUGCUUUAUUAUUUUUUCUGAUUGUUGGCCUAUUAUGACCCAUAAAAAUGAAAACAUUACAUCCAUAUAUUUUAACUGUGUGCAGUGUUUACACUUUGCACCUCACUACAUUCCCAGUGCUUUAAUUGUACGAUUGUUCAGUGUAACUUUGAAAAACAGGCUAAAUAAAUACAUUUC